AUGGAAAAAUCAGUCACAACACAUUUUCCCGGUUCAACCAGUACUAAUUUUGAUUUAUCGCAAGCGCCUCGUUCACAUACUGAUCAUGAGAAAGUAUUAGAAGCACUUGAAAACGAUUUUAAGGGAAUGGAUAAAGUGUAUACAAGUGGUGAAAUGAGAGUAUUCGGACGUGAUUCCAAUAAUAUAUUCAAAGAAUUAGAAUCGAUACGUAAAAAACAAAUUGCGUUAGCUGUUGAGCAUAUUAAGUUGGAAAAUGUGCCGGAUGAAGAAAUACCGCUUGGAAAGGAUACACCCGUAGAUUCCGAGGAAAAUUUUAAACGUAAUUCUGAACGAUUUUCUAAAAGAGAACAUGAUCUAAAUAGUUUGAUGACUAAUUUAAACAAUUUGAUGGUAAAGCUGGAAGAUUUGGGUCAAUCCAUGAACGUAUAUGAACCCAGUUCAUAA